CGCUCUGGAUUCUCUGUCCGCUUGACACUGACUGUGCAGGCAGAGAAUGAAUGUGAGCGGCUAGCCGGCUAUAGCUUCGGCAAUGUUGUUGUCACUAUCAGAAUGAUAUCGCAGCGGGACAGAGGAGAACUUGCUCGUUUUUAUACUGUCACGGACCCCAAAAAGCACCAGAAAGGCUACACUGUGUACAAAGUCACCGCGAGGAUAAUCUCCAGGAAGAACCCCGAGGAUGUCCAAGAGAUAACGGUGUGGAAGAGAUACAGUGAUUUCCGGAAGCUACAUCAGAAUCUCUGGCAGCUGCACAAGAAUGUGUGUAGCCAGUCUGAGCUGUUUCCUCCCUUUGCUAAGGCCAAAGUCUUUGGUCGUUUUGAUGACUCAGUGAUUGAGGAAAGAAGACAGUGCUCUGAGGAUCUCCUACAGUUCUCUGCUAAUAUUCCUGCUCUUUACAGCAGUCAGCACAUCCAAGAUUUCUUCAAGGGAGGUGAGGUUCACGACGGCUCAGAGCUCAUUGGACCGGCGGAGCCCUUUUCUGACUUCCUGGCUGACAGUUUGUCAGACUGUAGCUCUGAUGUUCAGAGAGACAUCAGUGGUGCAGAUGAUUUGACUAUCACAUCAGAGUAUGGAGGCCCGUCCAGUGACAGCGACCUGACCUCCCUGGCUGUGGAUACGGACUCUCUGGCUGAGUUGGAUGAUGGCAUGGCCUCAGGUCGCACCUCCCCAAACCAGCCACAAGGGGGAGCCACCAACUUUAGUAGUAGCUGCAGCCCACGUUUGCCUUCCCUGCAUGACCGCCGCACUCCAUCUCCUGCCCCAGUCCCUGCCUCCUCCGCCCCUAACCCAGAGGUCAGCUGGCCAGGUAGAACGCCGCUCUUCUCGGGCAGUCUGAAGAAAGCCGGCGGUGGCAACCCGAAGGACGUGAAGUCAGACUACCUAGACAAAGCCAGCGAGCUCAUCUGUUUCGCUGUACAAAAGGAAAAAGAGCAGGAUUACCAGGCAGCUUUUUCGUACUACCGCAGUGGAGUUGACUUGCUGCUGCAAGGAGUGCAAGGUGAGCCCAGUGCCACGCGACGGGAGGCAGUGAAGAAGAAGACUGCUGAGUAUCUGAUGCGCGCUGAACAGAUCUCCAGUCAGCAUCUGAAAAGCAACAUGGGUCAAGGCUCAACACAGACAGUGGCCUUCGGGGCUCAGUGCUGCGCUUCCACUAGCAGAGGAGGGCAGCAGAGUCCGUCUGAGGAGCUGAGAGCUUACAGGGUGUUAGGAGUCAUAGAUAAGGUUCUUCUGGUCAUGGACAAGAGAACACAGGAGACGUUCAUCCUGAAAGGUCUGAGGAAGAGCAGUGACUGCGGGCGGACUAAGAGGACCAUCAUGCCUCACUCCGUGCCCCACAUGGUGCAGCUGAGAAAGUUCAUCGUCUCCGAAGAUGCCGUUUUCCUUCUGCUGCAGUACGCUGAAGGUGGGAAGCUGUGGUCUCACGUUGGAAAGUACAUGCGUAAUUCCAGUCCAGACGAGAGCUUCGACAUUCCUUUCAUCCAGAAGAGCCACACCACGGCCGUGCACUCUCCACAGCACAUGAUGCCACACUUGGAUCCAGAUUCAGCCAGUUGUGAUUCAGGGCCUGUUGCUGGUUCAGAUUCUGCAUCUGAGCUGCAGAAGGAAGAAGAGAAUCCCACCGUGUCUCCUCUGAAGAAGCUUCUCCCUCCCAGGCUGGUCGAACAAACGGGGGCCCAGUCCGACUCUGGAGCCACCUCUGAAGAAGAGUGCACCAACAGUUACUUGACCCUUUGCAAUGAGUACGAACAAGAGAAAGUGGAACCGGAUGCGCUGGAGGAGGAGGAAGAGAAGAGUGAACAGGAGAUGCUGUCAUUGGAGGUGCCCAACGCUACGACCACCACGUCCUCGCGAAGUCGCUCUCUUCUGAGCAACGACAGCCUCUCUUCACCCAUCAGUUCUCAGGAGCUCGGCUUCUUCAGCGAGUUGUCUGACAAAAGCGGCUACACCCACGACAAUGAACGCGGCGAAGGACAGGAUCACGGUGAAGUCUUUAGUCCUGUACGUUCUCCUGCUGUGCCUAUGUCGCUGGAUCAGUCCAAGCACACACCCAUGGAGUUUUUUAGAAUUGAUAGCAAAGACAGUGCCAGUGAGGUGACCUGCCUCGACUUAGGAGAGCGGGGCUCUUCUAAUACGCAGGUUCCCCUCUUUUCUGCGUCUGACCUGGGCUCCGACGUUACCGAGGAUCUUCCAGAGCUGGCUCAGGAGGUUAAAGGCCCCAGUUUGGAGUUUUGGGGCUUGGACUGUAGUGAUAAAGGCUCCAACGAGUCUGUGCCAGUCAUCUCAUUUAAAGAAGCAGUAGUUGAGGAUGAAGGUCACCCACCAGACCUUUUGGUCAACCUUCCUGUAAUGAGCGGGACAGUAGACUCUCUACAGGAGGAAUUGGAGACUUCAGGAGUGUGUCUGGGCCUCGAGGUCACUGCGUCUCCUCAGAAGUUUAUCCAGCCUGACGUUUUACAGCUUCACAGCCAGCCUGAGGAAGAGGAGGAGCAGCCGCAGGAGCUUUCGUCUUUAUGCAUAGCCUCUACAGCUUGUGACACAAGUGCUGCAUCUACGUCUCCUUUCAACUCACUCUGGGACGACUACAACCUGGCGUUUGGACAAGAGGCCUCUGACAAAUUGUUUGAUCACCCUGAAUGCCAAAAUAAUGACCUCCCCCUCGAUGCAGGCAUCCCAGAUAGUGAUUCCCAUAGUGACAAACUAGAGCCCAAAACAAGCGAAAACACAGACUUGGUUCCAAACCCCAGCGGCGACAGCACAGGCUCCAUCCCAGCCAUAAAUGGGGCCGAGGCCAGUGCAGUGGUUGAGAGUUUAUUAGGUCUUGAUGGUGAAUCAUCAAGAGUUAUUAGUGAUACAGGUGGCAGUGAAUUUGAUAAAGAAGUGUCGCGGCUGUUCGCAGAGCUGGACGAGCUGUCGUUGGCUGCGUCCCAAGCUCGUAUCCCGGAGGAGUUCGUACGAUGCUGGGCAGUAGAGAUGGUGACAGCCCUGGAUUCUCUGCACCAAGAAGGCAUCAUCUGCCGGGACCUAAAUCCCAACAACAUCCUGCUUGACCACAAAGGUCACGUUCAGCUCACCUACUUCUGUAGCUGGAGUGAUGUGGAGGAGUCCUGUGACAAAGAGGCCAUCGCCAACAUGUACUGUGCACCAGAGGUGGGAGGUAUCGGCGAGGAGACGGCGUCGUGCGAUUGGUGGAGUUUGGGCGCCAUCCUGUUUGAGCUCCUGACGGGCAUGUCUCUGCUGCGCUGCCAUCCAGCAGGAAUCGGUCGCCACACGGCUCUCAACAUCCCCGAGUCCGUUUCAGAGGAGGCCAGGUCUCUGCUGGAGCAGUUGCUCCAGUACAACCCAAUGGAGAGGCUGGGGGCCGGCGUGGGAGGCGUGGACGAUAUCAAAUCCCACCCUUUCUUUGCCGGGGUGGACUGGCCCAAAUAGACGCUGUGCGUUGUGGAACUGCAUGCUGGGAAACCGGCUCUCCUGAAUGAACUCCCUUCUGACCGGACACACCAAGUAGAUACACAGUCAAUCCAGAUUAUGCAUUUCUGCACAGAUCUCCCAUUUUACGUACGGCCACGCAAUCCCCACACACUUUCUAAGUAGCCAAGCAGCAGAAUUCCCUUCUUAGUACGGUUCUCGUUUGUUUGUCUCAUCGACUGUGCAGGGAACACUAGACACGUGUGCGGUGCAAUAAUUUCUACAGCAGGUGAGUGAAUGUGGCUUUCUCACUCGUCAUACAUGAGCUCCACGCCAAAACGUACUGACUGAGAGCGAGAGGCAGCGUUUCUGUGUUCUCCCUGCUUUACUUUAGUACUCUAACUUAUUCCAUGCAGACUGACGCAGACUGAAAGUGGCCUUUGCUACAGACACACGUGCAAUACACUCAGUUUGUUUCCUUCUCUGACACUUCCAUCAUUCCUCAUGGAGCCCACUGGAUUAGCUGACAUGAGCAGGCUGAGUUUUUAAUCUGAUGCUCUGAUAUCUAAUUUCUUACUCUGUCAAACUUUGUUUUUCAGUCAUUUUGUUGCCAAUGAGCCUACGAUCAUGAGCGGACUCUAUGCAAGGAAACGAACAAACUAUUAGAGAUGUGAAGACUUUAGUUGUCUUAAGUUUAUUAAUAGAUUAUACAAG